UCUAAAAUGCACCAUCAAUCAGGUCUAAACAUUAUUGUGGAUUAAUAUGAUCAAACUAAGAUCAGUUACUAUAAUUAAAAAUCUUGGACAAAUAUUUUAUUUUGGCAUAUAGUCUUUCUUGCUGUGGUGUGUUUACGUUCGCAAAUAACACAUGAAAAGUAAAAGGAGCUGGCCGAAUGGUGGGAAAUUUGUAAACGCUAGUAUUGUGCACAGUGUGUACUGACUGAGCUUCUUACCAGACACACAUUAUUUGAAUUUAUUACAGCCAUGCCCGAAAGAAAAUCGGAUCGUGCACGCAAAGUUGUUGAUUAUGGAAAGUUUGGAGGAGGUGACAGUGAUGAUGACUUUGAUGAUGAUUUUAAGGAAUGCACCCCGCCAGUUGCUAAGAAACCAAAAAUAGCUAUCAAGGAAAACAAGCAGAAAAGCACAGACAAGAUACCAAAAAAUAAAUCCAGGAAAUCAGUAGAGGAGAAGAUCUAUGAGCGUGAGCUUCAAGCGGCUCUGGAGUUAUCCAUGAGUCAGUCGGACCAGUCCCAAGGAUGUGGGACCCAUGACAAGGGAACGGCUGACAAUAGCCUUUCAGAUGACCUUCCACCUGUACUAGAUCAGGAGGCAACUUCUCCUGUGAUACCUCCCCUUGGCAACAUUGAGAAAGAUCCUCCACCUGUCACACCGAGGCUUCAGCCAGCAAAUCAGCAUGACAGUGAUGACGACAUUCAAGUGAUAGAAACUGGCAUAGAAGCAGUUCCAUCAUCAUCUAGAAAACGAUCUACAAAAGCAAGGAAAUAUGUAGACUCAGAUUCUGACGAGGGAGAAGAUUUUGAAAUAGAUCUAAAGAAGUUUUUGCAAAGUCCCUUAAAAACCAAAUCUCUGACCGACCCAAAAAGCAAAACUAGAAAACAUGAUAAUGACAGUGACUAUGAGGCUGAAGAUGCCUUACAGGAUGAGGAAGAUGAUGAUAGUGACAAAGACUACAAUGGAGAUGGCAGUGAUAGUGACUUUGGCUCCAAGAAAAAGAAAGCUAAUGUGAAAGGGAAACAAACAAAAUCUGCACCACAAAAGGACAAAUCAGUGAACAAAAAACAACAAAAUGCAGGAAAGUCUGCCAAACAGCCAUCAUCCUCAUCAAAAUCCAAGUCGUUGGUCCCAAAGUCUUCCAAGGUUGAAGCAAGUUCACCAUUGGCAACCAGUAGUCCAUUAGUUAGCAGAACGCCUACAUCAUGCAGAACAUCAACACCCACCACAACUGUCCGCUUGCAGCAAACAUGGAAACCCCCAGGAGCUGCCACAGCCAACAGCUCACCUUCAGUCGGCAGCAUCAAGUCACAAACUUCUGUUGGGAAGUCGCCUGGAUUGGAAGGUGUCCAUAUUAAAUUGCCAUGUCUAGGGGGAGUAAACAUUAAGUCUCCCAGCUCUGGAUUGAGGCUAGGGCUCUCACGCAAUAUGAAAUCAAAGCCCCUUCAUCCAAAUCUUAAAAUUGCAAACUGAACAUUUUGGUUUUUUUUCAGUCCGUCAAAGUUACCGGAAUAUUGUGAUUGGUGGUUGUAUGUUAUAAAAUUGUAGAAAAAUAUCCUGAAAAUUCCAGCUUGCUUCUAUGUCAUGAAAAAAAAGCCAUCAGCUUACUUUCAGAGUUCAGUGUCUGUAAUUGCUUCAUUGUUAACUAUAGCAUGUGGAAUACAUGUAUCAAGAUUUUACUUGUUUAAUGGUGAAAUUGAAGUGAACAGUUGGGGACUUUUGCAGUGGAAACAAAAAGAUGUUAGUUAUUCUUCUUGUUUAGUUACGCCAUUAAGUAAUUAACAUAUGCAGUACUAUGUGUGAAAUGAUUUUCGGGGCAUGAUCUGUAGUGAUAUAGAAAUUGACACUUCAGUUACACAUUUAUCAUUUAUAUGAUUAUUUUAUUUUUGUUUGUUAUUAAAACAUUAAUUUUUAAGCAUUAAAUCGUGUAUUAUAGAAUGUAUUCUUUUAAACCAGUUCUCACCACAUUCAUGAAAAUUGUAAGGUGAAUGGGACAUUUUAAAUGAAUGGAUGGCACUAAAAUGUUCUUUCAAAUAAAAUAUAUGAACAAUUUAAUUAUAAAAUCUUAAAGAGUGAUUUAUGAGAAAAUAUAUUAAUCACAUGCAAUACCCUGUUUCCCAUGUAAUAUAACCAUUACGAAUAUUUUUAUCUUACACAUGUGUAAUACUUUUUAAGCAUUUUCAUUGGCUUAGUUUUUAUCGAUUGACCAAUCGCAUUUUGUUAUUUUGCUGAAACGACGUUGCAACGUCAAAUGACGUCACGAAAUGUAAACAACAUUCGGGAUUUAUCAUUAUGUUAUCAUUAAUAUUUAUUUUAUUUACUCAUUUAAAAGCAUGUGAUAAAAAAGAUCUGACACUCGUCAUUUCAUACCAUAUUUUAUUAAACUCGUCCAGGAAAUUCAUAUGUAAGCUCACCAAAGGCUUGCUUAAUAAUAAAAUUCCUGAACUGGUUUAAUAAAGUAUGGUAUGAAAUGACAACUUGUGCCAGAUCCUAUAUGUAUGUUGUCUCAAGUAGCUAAAUGCAUGUGUGUGAGCCAUGCAAUAUUAACUUAUUGUUAGUUACCAGUUAUUUGGACUUGUGUAUAUAGUUGCAGUGUGAAUAUUUUGUGUUAUAUUGUGUUGGUAUUAACACCUGCCAAGCAAACAUUUUCCGGAUUGCACAAUACUAACUAGCAUUUCUGUCCAUGAACAGCACUUCAACUAUUCAACUUUUUUGUUUGUAGCAUAUAAGUGCCCAUUAUCUACGGCACAUUUUUUUCAAAGUUUUUUUUGGUUGAUAUGUGGUCUAACGCAAUUGAUAACAACACCAGGGAUGUUGCUUCGAGUGAAUGCCAAUAAAACCAGUUGUCAAGUGGCAAGUUUUUGCCCAGUCUUUUCACAGAUCUCUAAUCAAAGUUUAGGUUAUGACUGAGAUUUAAGCUUUCGACAAAUAUAAAUAUAUAAGCAAAGUGUGGGGAUAAUAAAGACUCGUUCAAAGAUUUAAAGAAAAUAUAUCAUAGAAUCACUGAAAAUAGUUAUCAGAAAAUAACAAAUAAUAAUAAUCAUAAUAAUUGAAAAUAACUCCUUUUUUUAAUAACUUAGCAGAUAAUAACUGAAAAUAACUUAACAGAGAAUUACUGAAAAGAACUAAUCAGGAAAUUAGUAAAAAUAGCGUAGUUGAGAACUAUUGGAAAAUAUUAACCAGGGAAUUGCUGAAAACAUCUUCUUAGUUUAAAAACAUAUUAAAAGCCCAUUAAACGCGAGAUUUACUAUGGGUGGUUCAUGGGAACUACGUUAUGCUUCUGCAACUGCCCGAAGCCAAGCUCACGUUUGCUUGUAAAUGUUCGUUUGUUGACGUGGGAAAUUCAUAUGGAAUAUAUUGUGAUUAUUUUUUUUUUUAAGCAUUUUAUAACUCGUUAAAUUUAUGUUACCAUACCACGCCAACUUUGAAAUUUUGGCAAUUGCUUUACAGAAUAUAGAAUUUUUUUAUAGGUAAACUUUAUUUUACGAAAUACCGGUAUUCGUUGAUUUUGAAUAUGUAUGUGGACUUAACUGAUUAUGACUGAAAACAAAUUAUUGGAAAAUAACCUUAAGUUACUUAUCAGACUGAAAUUAUAUUUACAGCGAAUUUGUUUUAUUUAAUAGCAAUACGAAGGAACUGUGAUCAUUCAUUCAACUUCAACUUUAUUUUUUAAAUUGUAAAAUAGGACAGUGUCACACUUUUCAUGUUCGCUCUCUAAUUCAAAUAAUUUUCAUCCGAUCUUUACCAAACCUGGUCGGAAGUUGUAACUAGGCAAUAUCUAGGUCAAGUUCGAAUAUUGGUCAUGCUGGGUCAAAAACUAGGUCAUGGGGUCACUGAGUGCAUUUCAAGGAUUUAGCAUGGUGUCUGCUCUCUAAUUGAAGUAGUUUUCAUCUGAUCUUUACCAAACUAGGUCAGAAGUUGUAUCAAGACAAUAUCUAGGUCAAGGUCGAAUAUGGGUCAUGCUAGGUCAAAAACUAGGUCACAGGGUUACUUAGUGCAUUUCAAUGAUUUAGUAUGGUGUCCGCUCUCUAGUUGAAGUAGUUUUCAUCCGACCUUCACCAAAUUUGGUCAGAAGUUGUAUCUAGACAAUAUCUAGGUCAAGUUCGAAUAUGGGUCAUAACUAGGUCACGGGGUCACUAAGUGCAUUUCUAUUAAAGCGUUUAUUGGGGGCAUAUGUCAUCCUAUGGAGACAGCUCUUGUUUUAUUUACAAACAAAAUUUGUAAGCUAACACUGUUAAACCAACAUUUACUUAUGUUUUUGGAUAUCUUCUUCUUUAGCCAAAAUAAGUUUUGAAAUUGUAUGCAUUGUACUAACAACAUAUUGGUAUCGAUAUAAAAUAAAAAAUUAUAAUAAAUAA